AUGUCUUCCUCAGGCCAAACCUUUGCAACUCAGCAACCUCAGAUUCAAACUUUCAGUGCUGCAUCAUGUAUUCUUCAGAAUCAGUCGUUUACUACUCCACAAGUUGUUCCUUCCCAAAAUGUGCCUAUUGUAGCCUCUUCCUCAAACCCUAAGGAUACUGAUAAAAAUCUGGCUCUAGCUACUAGGCUUGUUAACUGCUAUAAUGCUUUGGUAGCUGGAGAGCUUCCACCUCAGCUGUUAUUUGCUGCCCUGGAUCAGAUUCACCCAGAAGACAUGGAGGAGAUGGAUAUCACUUGGCAAAUUGCAAUGGCUGUUUUCAGGGCCAAGCAGUUUGCUAAGAAGACUGGGAAAAACAACUCGGGCAUGAAUGGUGAUAAGAAGGUGGGAUUUAACAAGGGUAUGCUGAGAUAUUUCAACUGCCACGAGUCGGGUCAUUUUGCUCAUGAGUGUCCUAAGCCAAAUCGCAGGGUCAACAACAAUAGGACGAUGGUAGCAGCGGGAAACAACCGUGCAGGUGCUACAGCCAAUGGGCCAGAAAAUGCUCUUCUAGCUCAGAUUGAUGAUACUUCCCUCAAGACUGAUGAUGCUGAUCCCAAAGAAAAAUUGAUGGAGAUGCAGUUUGCUUUCAUGGCGUCUACCUCUUCCGAUCCCAGGAAAAGCGAGGUAACCCUACUAUCUUUUUCUUAUGCAUGUAAAGAAUAUGUUAAAGUGCUUUGUGAUGAAAUUCAAUCAUUACGUAGAGAAGUAGAUGACCUUAAAUAUGAGGGAUAUCAACUUAGGAAAGGGAAAAAGCCCCUUAAAGUCCAAUUAGAAGCUAAGAUAAAAGAUUUUAGAAGAAUCCAGGCAGAGUACAGUGAUAAAUGUGAACUGUACAAUUAUGUUAAAAGACAAAAUGAUGCGCUAACUGCAGAGCUUGAUACAUUAAAGAAAAGGUUUGAUUCUGUAAACUUUGCUUUUCAAAAUUUUGAUGGAUCAAGCAAGGUAGUUGCCACCAUGAUUGAUCACUGCAUGGAUUUUAAACGAAAUCAACAAAAGGGUUUGGGAUACGAUCAUGUGCCUCCUCCUUAUAAUCACACAUAUCAGUAUCAACCCUUGUCUAUAGAUGAGAUUGCCAAAGAAUCAUUUAUGGUUUAUGGAAAAUCAUCUGGUUUCGUCUCAGGAGGGAUUAUAAAUGUUAAAAGUACUAAUGCUUCUACUUCCACUGCAGAUCAACCAUUAGAUCAGGCAAAGCAUGAAGCUGGAGAAUCCGUUUCUGUUUUUAAAUCUGAUGUUUCUGUUAUGAACAAUUUUAAUUGUGUUUCUGAUGUUGAGACUGAAAACAUUUCUUAUGCUGGCUCAUCAUCUGAUACUGGACAGUUGCGGAGGAAUGUUGUUCGUCCUUGGUACGUCGACGGCGGCUGCUCCCAGCAUAUGACUGGAGACAUCUCCCAACUAAGCGAAAUUCAAUCUUUUAAUGGGGGUUAUAUUUCCUUUGCGGGCGGAGAUGGUGGAAAGAUCACACAGCACGGAACUGUAACGAAUGAAGUGCUGAGCUUCGAAAAUGUCAACUAUGCUCUCGAUUUAAAGCACAUCUAG